AUGCAUACUACCACGGUUCUCGCCGCUGGUGCGGUUCUCCUUGCUGGAGUUAUGGCACAUCCUCAUCAUGAGGUGUCCGGUCACGAAGUCAUCCGCCGCGCCGGUCUCUCCAGGCGGUGCGAGUCUUCCGUCGCCGCCUUGAACAAGAAGCGAUGGGCCAAGCGUCAGCAGCAGAAGCGUGCAACCUCAGGCAAUGUCACUUGGAACAUCGUCACCGAAGCUCCCUACUACGAGACGCUCCAGAAUGACACGUGUAUUCUGACUGAGGAGGUUACCACCGGUCCCUACAUUUGGCCUCAGAGUCAGACUCUGCGCCAGGACAUCCGUGAAGGCCAGGCCGGCAUCCCUUUCAUCCUUGACAUUGGUGUACUUGAUGUCGAGACCUGCGAGCCACUUCCUGAUGUGCUUGUCGAUAUCUGGCACUGCAAUGCCACUGGCUCUUACAGCUCUUUCGAGGGACUGGACCCCAACACACCUUUCGAGACGCUGCUCGAGGAGCUGAAUGUGACCAUUGGCCCCGAUUUGGACCUACACACCGACUCAACCACCUGGCUCCGAGGAAUCUGGCCCACUGACAGCGAGGGUAUGACUGAGUUCACCACCAUCGUGCCCGGUUUCUAUGUGGAGCGCACCAUCCACAUCCACGCACAAGUCCACGAGGACUACGUGAUCCGCGGCAACGGCACCGUCGCCUCAUCCACCACUAUCUCGACCGGACAGCUGUUCCUGGCUGAGGAUCUCAGUGCUCAGCUUAUGGCGAUUGAGCCCUACGCCAGCCACACCCAGAUCAACCGUACCACCAACGACAUCGACUCGAUCUAUUCACAGCAAUCGGAGAACGGCUGGGAUCCUACCAUCUCGGUUGUACCUUUGGACGGCGAGAACAUGGAGAACGGAAUUGUUGGAUAUAUCACUAUUGGUGUUGAUACGGCUACGAAGGCCAAAGUCAAGAGGAACUUGAAGCACUAA